CCGCAAAUCGAGCCUGAUACUGCCGAUGCACUGGGAACUCCACCCUUGGAAUCACCUGUUGGGGCGCCACACCCACUUCGCCUUGCGCAUGCGCACUACGCACCGCAGAGGCGUGGAGUCACGUGGUAGGGCGCGAGCGGAGUCCGUAGGGGGAGCUUCCUGUCACGGCUGCCGCCGCCACCGCCCGGUGGCCACGGGAGCCCCGGGCGGUGUUGGGCGAGAGAAGGCCUGGGUUGGUUUCGGAUUCUCUUCGAGACAGGUAUCUGGGCGGCCAAGAUGCCAGGGCCGAGACCUCGGAAGGGCCCUCAGGCCAGUGGUAAGGGUGUGGCAGCUGCCAAGCAGCUGGGACUCUUUGUGGAGUUCAGCCCUGAGGACAUGCUGUUGGGGAUGGAGGAGAUGGAAGAUGAUGGGGACCUGGAGGCUGAGCUGCUGGCCCUCACUGGAGAAGCAGAGACCACAGGCAGGAAGCCAGCCAAGAGGCAGGGUAAAGCGCCCUUGCCAAUGGCCCACAUCGAGAAGCUGGCAGAGGACUGUAUGCGGGAUGUGGAGGAGGAGGAGGAGGAGGAGGAAGAAGGGCUGGAGGAGGAUACAGACUUGCUGACUGAGCUGCAGGAGGUCCUGGGCACAGAUGAGGGAGCUGGGUCCCCGGAUGAUGAUGAGACAGCCGCCCUGGGUAGCUCUGAGGAGGACAAGGGACAGAAAAACACUGAACCUGCAGUGCAGACAGCUCUCCUGACAGCUUCAGUCCCAGUGGCUCAGGCUGGAGGGCCUCAGGGGCUGCAGGCUCUGCUGGAGGAUCGGAUCCACAAUUACCGGGAAGCUGCAGCCAGCGCCAAAGAGGCGGGUGAAGCAGCCAAAGCCAGGCGUUGUGAACGUGGCCUGAAGACUCUAGAGUCCCAGUUGGCUGCUGUGAAGAAAGGCAAGAAGAUCAAUGAGGAUGAGAUACCACCUCCAGUGGCCUUGGGCAAGAAGCCCCCAGCCCCCCAGGAGACAACCAACAGGAACCCUGAGGCAGACCUCCCUGCUCCCCCAACCCUGCUGCCAGACAACCCUUCUCAGCCUGAGACAAGCCCCUCGGGCAGCCCUGCCCCACCCAGUUCAGACCCAGACCCUGGCCCACGGGCCCUGUUGGCCGCCCGACAGAGGGCGUACAAAGUGGCUGCGCUGAAUGCCAAGCGGGCUGGAGACCUCGACCGAGCCCGAGAGCUCAUGAGGAUUGGGAAGAGGUUCGGUGUUGUGCUGGAGGCCCUGGAGAAGGGGCAGCCUGUGGACCUGAGUGCCAUGCCCCCAGCACCUGAGGACCUCCCACAGGCUUCCAAGGCCCUCACAGCACCCUCAGUUGUACCCUCAGCUUUGGAGCGAGUGCAGCCAGUGAUGGCCCCUGACAGCCCAGCGACCCCAGUGGCCCAUACCGAGCCACAGACAGUGCUGGACGCCCUGCAGCAGAGGCUGAACAAGUACCGUGAGGCAGGUACCCAGGCCCGCAGCAGUGGGGACGAGCGAAAGGCCCGGAUGCACGAGCGCAUUGCCAAGCAAUAUCAAGAUGCCAUUCGAGCGCAUCGAGCAGGACGCAAGGUUGACUUUUCAGAGUUGCCUGUUCCUCCAGGAUUCCCUCCCAUCCCUGGUCUGGAGCCCACUCCGGGCACUGAAGAGGAUGCAGUAGCAGCCACUUUAGCUGCUGCCCAGAAACUAGCCUCCUCUGAGGAUACAGCUCCAGCUGAGGAAGAUGGGGAUGAGGAUGAGGAUGAGCCUCCAGCCCAGGCCCCAGUAUCCAAGAAGCCUCUGGUCCCUUCAUCCCGCUCCCUGCCUGAGCCCAAGGCCUCGAGUUCUAAGGAGUCACUGAGCCCCUCCGUACGGGAGCAGCUGGCACUGCUGGAGGCCCGCAAACUGCAGUACCAGCGGGCAGCCCUGCAGGCCAAGCGUGGCCGGGACCUGGAACAAGCCAAAGCUCAUCUGCGGCUGGCCAAAUGCCUUGAAGCCCAGAUUAUCCAGGUCCGAGCCGGCCAACCGCUGGACCUUUCCAAGGUACCUUCACCCCUGAUGGAUGAAGAGGGUGACUUCAUCCUCAUUCACCAUGAAGACUUGCACCUCUCCCAGAAGGCUGAGGAGGUGUACACCCAGCUACAAAAAAUGCUUCUAGAGCAACACGAGAAGUGCCUGCUGUUCUCCAAGCAGUUCAUGCACCAGGGCAAUGUGGCCGAGACGACUCGGUUUGAGAAGCUUGCUCAGGACCGCAAGAAGCAGCUCGAGAUCCUGCAGCUGGCCCAGGCCCAGGGCCUUGACCCUCCUAGCCACCACUUCGAGUUGAAGACAUUCCAAACUGUGAGGAUCUUCUCAGAACUCAGUAGCACUGAGAUGCAUCUGAUCGUUGUCCGGGGAAUGAACCUCCCAGCCCCUCCAGGGGUGACCCCUGAUGACUUGGAUGCGUUUGUGCGGUUUGAGUUUCACUACCCUAACUCGGACCAGGCUCAAAAAAACAAAACAGCCGUGGUGAAGAACACAAACUCUCCAGAAUUUGAUCAACUCUUCAAACUAAACAUCAACCGAAACCACCGGGGCUUCAGGAGGGUGAUCCAAAGCAAAGGAAUCAAGUUUGAAAUCUUCCACAAAGGAUCCUUCUUCAGAAGUGACAAGCUGGUUGGCACAGCCCACCUGAAACUGGAGCGGCUGGAGAAGGAGUGUGAGAUCAGAGAGAUUUUGGAGGUCCUGGAUGGAAGGAAGCCCACUGGGGGCAAGCUGGAGGUGAAGGUGAGGCUGCGGGAGCCUCUGAGUGGCCAGGAUAUGCAGACGGUCACCGAGAACUGGCUGGUCCUAGAGCCCAGGGGCCUGUGAGCAGACGGUCAGGGCUGGGAGAGGAGCCAGGCCGCCAGCUGUGUGCAGAAGUGUAUUUUUUCCCAGCUUUGCUGGCUACAAAAGCCUUUGUACAUAAGGAGGAUCAUUGCUGCUACACAAAUACCAAAAACCUGUGAAGUACGUGCGUUACUGACCACGGCCUUGGUCUUCCCUGUUGCUGGCCCCUUCCUAGGCCUCCACACCAAAGCAGGCUGGGUUCCUGUAGGCUGCCUCCCCUUCCCUCGCCGCUCUGUGCCACGGAGCCUUGUGGCCCCUUAACCUGUGCAGCAGCUGUGUGCAGCUAACCCCAGCCUCUAGUUGCAACGUGUCUGAAUGUGCCUUUAAAAGAUACAACUGUAAAGGAUGGGAGAACUUGAGAGUGAUCCUGCUUAGGGCUCCAUGACAUUUGUCAGUGGCACCCUAAUGCCACACAGCUCGGUUUACCCAGCCCCUCCCUGUGCCUUGUUUCCUGAUAGCUGCUGCACUAGCCUCCCUGCUUCCCGAGCUCCCAGUGGAGGAAGGAAGUUAUGUUCUGGACUGCGUGGUGGGAAGCAGGCAAGGUUGUGUCUUGGGUUUGGUCCAUGCACCUAAAACUAAAAGACUGCUAACUGUAGAAAAAUAAAUAAAAUUUUAUGUAGCUGUUUUUAUUUAAGAAA